AAAUCCUCCCGUUAAAUUGAUAGUGUCAACGUAUAUCUCUAUUUGUUGUUUUUAUUUACACUCAAUAUUUUCUUUUCUGUUUUUACAAUUUAUUUGAAAAAAAUCAGAUUUUUAUUAAAUUAAUAAUUACACUUACGUGAUUAAAUUUGUAGUUGGGGGUCAAUAAUAGUAACCAAUCUAUUUUCAUAAUUUUACGACAUGAAAUCUCAUAAAGAAACAGUGCAGUCUGUCUUAACUGACUUGAUUAUUGUUCUCCGCAUGUAUGAAUGGCUUUUGAAUCUAUACGUUUUGGACUUCUUUGUUGACAAUCAUUGGGAAAAGCUACCAGCUAGUUGGCAGGUGACAUUCCAGAACAUAGAUCCCCAAGUUCUUGGGGAUAUUAUAUUAGGAAAACAUAGCAAUUAUAUAUUACCUCUGUCAUUCUUAGCAUUGAUUAAGACAGUACAAACUUAUAGUUUGCCAAGGCAAUCUAUUAAUAAAUUUGAAUCAAUUAAAAAACCAGAAAAUUUAUAUGAUAGCUGCAGUGGCCACCCGAGAUUGAAAAACCUUUAUCUUAAACAUGUAAAAUUAAAAAAGAGACAUGAAGUAAGUCUUAUGGCAGAAAUUGUACAUCAAGCAACAUUACAAACUAAAUGCAAUGCUGUUGUUGACUUUGGUUCAGGUUUGGGACAUUUAGUAAGGCUGCUAGCAUACAAGUAUGACCUUUAUGCUGCCGGUAUUGAGUGUCAAAGUCAAUUAACACAAGAUGCUAGAAAACAUGACUUACAACUUGAAUAUACAGCUAAAAAGUAUUUGUCAGCGGAAAGUGGUUUAAAAUUGCGCCGUCCAAUUCAUUUUGAUAUGACUCUAAAUAAUAUUAAUCAACUAGAUAAUUUAGAGUUACCAGAUACAAUUAAGGACUAUGGCUUGAUAGGAUUACACCCUUGCGGAGACUUGGGGCCAUUGUUGCUCAAACAUUUUGUUAAUAGUAGCAGAGUAAAGUUUAUAUGUGUGGUAGGGUGUUGUUAUAUGAAACUGACAUGUGACUGUAUUGACAGAGGAUAUCCGAUGAGUCGGUACCUCACAGGAUUGGACAGUGGCCUGUCUUAUGCCAGCAGAGAAAUAGCAUGUCACGCAAUUGAAGUGUAUUGUGAUAGACUGAGAAAAGGAAAUUAUGAAGAUUUGAAGAUACACGCGUACAGAGCAGCUCUAGAAAGAAUAUUAGUGGAGCAUGACCCCAAGUUGCGCCACGCCCCUGUCAGAAGUAUCAAACAUUUCAACACCAUGACAUUUCAAAGAUACUGCACACUAGCUGUAGAGAAAUUAGAGAUUCCGCUACCGGUAUGUGCGGACACGUGGUCUCGCGGCGAGGCAGAUUUGCAGCACUGGCGGCGGGUAGUGACCGUGUACACGCUUCGGCUCUUGCUGGCGCCCCUCGUCGAAACAGUAAUACUCCUCGAUAGAGUACUCUUUGUAAUUGAAAAUGGUUUAACAUGCAAUAUCUAUCCAGUAUUUGACCCGAAAAUAUCGCCAAGGAACCAUAUUAUAGUUGCAAGAAGAGCGUGAGAAAAAUAAAUUAUUAUUUAAUGUAUUCAAUAAUUUUUCAGUUAUUUUUUUUUUAUUUUAUCAAAAAAAGAAAUAAAUUCAUAAACUUA